UUCAGACCUCCUCGCGCUUGCACCCGCCCCAGACAGACUGCUCCCAAGGCCGGCCCUGUUCCUCCGUCUUCUUCUUCUCCCACAUGUAUGAAAGUGUGGGCGUGUUUGGCCUUUCUGCCACUGUGUCCAGUGCUCUCGCCGUUGUCAUGGAGACAGCGGGGGCAGCUGUGGGAGAACCCACGGGGGGCGUCCAGCUGGUCUUGACCUCGCCUGCUGUGAUCCGUCUGUCUGACUUCAUCAACGCCUCUGCCUCGGUGCAGAUGGGCAGGCUAGUGCUCUUCCAGUGGCAAAUCCUUCUCCCAGACCAUAGCAGAUACCUCCACGAAGAUAGAAACACGACCCACAGCUCUCUGAUGUACCGGACCCGAAUUCCUGGGACUCACAAUGUUUCGGUGCUGAUCUCCAAUCCAACAAAUGACAGCUCAAUGCUCAGGGACCUGUCAAUUAAGGUGCGAGGUCCAAUCGGUGCAGUCCUUUCCCAGCCCCCCCUCGGCACAGACCACGUCACGCUGCACCCUCGACCUGACGGCUCCUAUGCCACGCAAGCCCUCCCUUUCAAAGCUUGUACAUCUGCUGAGGAUGCCAACUUCACCUUUGGUUUUGGAGACGGCUCUUCACCGAUGUGGGUUCAGGGACGGGCCAGAAGACUCCAGCUAGGCUCUGUAGCCACUGGCCACCACCGGUUUACCAGAGAAGGCACCUUCUUUAUUACAAUAACUGCCUCCAACGAGUUCUACAACGCCACCAGUGUGCUACCGUUCCACGUGGAGAAGAUGCCGGAAAACCUGCAGCUUAUUACAAACUCCACCGUGGUCUACAGGAAUGAAGCGGCUUUGUUUAAUGCGCGUCUAGCGGCUGGCACAAAUGUGAGAUACGUUUGGAAUAUGGGUGAUCAGACUACAUAUGUGGACAAAGGGCCGGUCGUCUCACACCAGUUUCCAGCAGUGGGUGUUUACAAUGUCAUUGUGUUUGCUCUGAACCGAGUGGGAAGUAUGAACGCCAGCACCAGCGUCGCUGUGCUCGACCAGAUGCAGCCUGUCAGGAUCUACACCGAGAAACAAGCAUAUUCCACUGAAGCAGAGAUCACCUUUCUGGCCGUGACCAAGGAUACCGGCCCACUGGAGUUUUUGUGGCAUUUUGGGGACAGGUCAACUGUGAGAAUGACCUACAGAACUGUCACCAAGAGAUACCGCUUCCCAGAAAGAUACAAUGUCACUGUCACUGCAUCGAAUGGACAGAACUCCGUCACCUCUGGCACCUAUCCCAUAAUAAUCCAGAGAAAGAUCCGUCCCAACCGGCUGUUGUUCAGCACCUCGGUUCUUGUGAACACCAGCGUGAACUUUGACUGCAGGAUCAGUGGAGGAACAAACGUCAGCUAUGACUGGACCUUCGGAGAUGGUACUUACAAAGUUGGAAACAGCACCGAGCAGCAUGUUUUCCACAGAACGGGUGAAUUCACAGUGGAAGUGAAGAUGUCAAAUCUGGUCAGCUCUGCCUCCUUGACGCAGCAGAUAUUUGUGGUCCGUCAGCCCUGCCAGCCUCCUCCAGUAAAAAACAUGGGUCCCCUUAAAAUUCAGGUCCAGCGGCACCAGACCACUAAACUUGGAGUGACCUAUGAGUCAGAUAUAGCUUGCGAUAUCUCACAGGGCCUCCUGUACAGCUGGGCUUUGUACCAAUCCGGCGGGCUGCCUGUGGACCUUCAUCCAAUCGAGAUCCACCGGCAGGGCAUUGAGCUGCCUGGCCAUUUCCUGAAUUAUGGCCUUUAUAAAGCCAUAAGCAAAGUCCAAAUUGUUGGCAGUGUCGUUUACAGCAACUACAGCGUCUACGUUGAGGUGAUACGCAGCCCUCCUAUUAGCAUAAUCGAGGGAGGUACAAACAUCUUCCUCAGCAACCAUAAUGGUACAAUUCUGACCUUGAGCGGACGCAGAUCACAUGACCCUGAUUACCCACUGAACACCCUCAGCUACCAGUGGGACUGUAAGCCAGCCACUACCAUCGCGAGCCCCUGCUUUGAAGAAUAUGUUCCUCUGUCUGGUCCUGUGGUCACAUUCCCAACUAAUCUUCUGAAGUCUAGUUUCGACCAGUUCAAAUUCACCCUCACAGUGUGGAGUGGAGAGAUGUCGUCCACUUCAGAGCUGUUUGUUACUGUCACGGCUAAUCUAAGACGGAGAGUACACGUGUACUGUGACCAUUGCCAGGGCAGCUUAGUGAAUUGGAAUGAGCCGUUCUCCAUCAAAGCUCAGUGUGAAAACUGCGGCAUGUCUCCCCGGGACAUCUCCUACACUUGGAAACUUUACCUGGUAAAUCCUUCCAGUAAAGUCGUUGUUGAAGUUCCUUUCUGCAGUGCUGUGGAUAUCAGUGAGCUCUCCAGCUUGACUAAAGGUGGGACUGCAUCCCCCUUGAUGUUACCUGAAGGUUCCGGUCUCACAACGGCUUCUCACACUCCACUUCCUUCUGCUCUGCUUACCUCACCAUCCACCCCAUUGGUUUCAAACACUCCUGAUGCCACAUAUUUGGCAAAAAAUCUCACGGAGUCUCAGAUCCACCCAAUCAGCAUCACCUCCUCAGACAGCAUGGGAGACCCCACAGUCCCUGCUCCUCCCAGCACAGCUGUCCUCCCCCAUUCUUCUUCCUCCCCCCUGCCCUUUUCCGAAGGGAAUCAGACAGCUGUUGGUCACAGCCAAUGGUGGAGAGCCAUGGAGGGAAGCUCUGACGACCCAUCUCAUCCUGAAUCCCCAUCAGAUUUUGAAUUCUUCCCUCCAUCGCCUGGCAACUACAGCAUUCCCAUACCUCCCGAUUACAUCCCAGGGUUCCCAGUGUCUGAGGAAGGGAGUGUGGCUUACGAUGACCCAUUCAGCGGCAGUGACUUUGGCUUCCCUCCUUUCUUUGAAAGUAGCUACCCUAGACAGCCAGGACCCCCCCAUCCUGAUGUUGAUACUGAUAUUGGAGUUAGUGAAACAUCUUCAGGAGAUGGCAAAACGUCUGUCAGUCAGAUGCCAAAUUUCAACCGCUCCUAUUAUGAAAGUUAUUUCAGGAACAUUGAGGAGGGUAUCUGGGAAAACUAUGGGGACCGUCAUAUAGAAAUUGGGUCAAGCAUUGCCAGCAAGGAUAGGGAUGUAGUCCUGGAAUCCAAUGGCCAUGAAGGAGACAACUUGAUGGACUCCAGAAGAUACCCCAUUGCAGCUGUAAAGACCCUCUUGGAUCUUGAGAGGCAACAGCUUGAUUCAGUGGAGUUUGAAUCAUGCACUUUCACAGGCAUUUCUUCUUCUGUCAUCACAUUUAAACCUUUUAUGUUAAAGGCAAAGAGUCUUUAUAUGCUGGAGGUAUCUGCAAACUCACGACACAGACCCCUGGGCAAGACACAAUUCUUCUUCUCUACCAAUGACAUCCCCCACGGAAUGACAUGCCAGGUACAGCCCAGCCGAGGCUAUGAGAUCCGCACAGAAUUCAGCGUCUUCUGUACCUCAGGAAAAGCGGAUCUCCUUUAUAAGUACAGCUACAGUGCUGGCAGAUAUCCAAAGAGGACUCUCUACCAUGGCAAAAACUUCCAGCACUACUUCAACCUUCCACCCGGAGAGCCAGAAAACGACUAUAAAGUUACAAUAUAUAUCGAAGUAUGGAAUGAGUUUGGAGCUGCAGCCAGGCCAUGCCCAGUGAGCGUUGAAGUUCUACCGAGCUUCCAGAAGAAUCUAUCGCCUUUCUACCAUCCAGACCUGGAACUCUAUUCAGAUGGUCUGAGGAACCUCACCAAGUUGACUCGCAUGGGCAACGGCAUGUUAGUCCGAAACUAUGUCGUCUUACUGACUGAUGUGCUGAAUCGCCUGAGUCAAGGCAUGUCAUCCAACAGAGAGCUGCAAACCACCAUCCGUGGUGCCCUCAUAUCUGCUAUCUGUGAGCUACACAUCCAGAACCAGGCAGAAAUGAUAGAUAGCAUCCACAUACUGAAAGAUAUUCUGAGUGUUGCCAGCCAAGUGACUGUCGAAAAUGCCAGACUCGUGAUGAGGUUCGUUCAGAGCUUAUCGACCCAGUUCUGUGAGCCCGCUAUGCCAGUCACGUACCUCCUGGAAGAGGUAGCAGUCCACUCGCUGGUGUCCUUGUUGUCUUGCGUUCUGAAGACCUCUGCUAACUUCUCAGAGGAUGCCAUCUAUUUGACGCUGGAUGGCAUUCGCACAGCCCGUGACCUGCUGCUGAAGUAUGUCCUAUUCAGCAAAGUGUCACAGCACACGUUAAGCACCAGAUGGAUGGAGCUGAGGACACAGCGGCAUGGAAGGUUCCAGAACACGGUCAUUAGCGUCAGACUGACCAAGCUGUACCUUCCCAACACGUUGGAUACAGAUGUCAAUAGGCGUAUUGCACUUAGUUCUGACCAAAGCAGGGGUUGUGUCAUCAGUCAGCUGAUGUUCUUCAACUCGAACCCGUACUUUUGGGGUACAGCUCCUAUACAGAUAAAUGGGGACGUUGUGGAUCUGACUUUGUACAACUGCACCACAAGGAGAGAGGUCAAAGUGCGCUCCCUUUCGGCACCAGUCAACAUCGAGUUUCAGAAAGCAGACCAAAGACAGACCGCUGAUUUAGAAUUUUCUUUGCAACGCACUCAAAUGAACAUCCACCAGUUUAACAUUACAGCGGAGACCCUGCAGGAGGCAGUAGAGAUCACCGUGAAGCUGACCAGGCCAGCUAACCAGACAUUUCCAAUCCUGCUUCUCCUCAGGAUGCUUGAGAAGCCAACUCCAACCUUAUAUAAGGUUAAGAAAGUUUUCCACUGGGAAGAAGACACCGUUCACUUUUUCCUGCCACCCUCUAGUCUCAGUGAUCCAGGCAGCGCUUAUUUGGCUCUGCUCAAUGCAAACUACAACCAGACUCCCAGGAAUAAAUAUAUAGCCAGUGCUGUGAACUACUCCCUGAGCAUAGGAUCUAUACAGUGCCUCUCCUGGGAUGGAGUCAGGAUGUGGAAAAGGGAGGGAUGCACUCCUCUACAGGGAGAUUCCAGCCGGUUCAAUUGCAGCUGCAGUCACCUGGCACCGUUUGCCGCCACAUACCGCAAGAUGCUGAGCCGUCAGGAAUUUACCGAUGUGGAUCAGUUUGUAAGCCUACCCGAUAACCUGACCCUCUGCAGUGUGAUGGCUGUCUUGCUGACCACCUACGUUCUGGCAGCAGUCAUCUGUAAGUGGGCUGAUGUCCACGGUGAGGAGAACCAGGGCCCAGUCCAGCUGCAGGAGAACAUUCCAUCAGACAAGCAGCUGUAUGCUGUGAUAGUCGAUACUGGCUUCCGAUCCAGGCCCGUUAUGACAGCUAAGGUUUAUGUUGUCCUGCAUGGUGAGAAUGGCAUCUCCCAGACCAGGGAGCUCCACAGCCCUGGAAGGCUCCUGUUCACCCGUAACUCCAGGCACACAUUCAUAUUGAGCAUCCCUGAGAGCCUGGGCCCCAUCUGGAAGGUCCACUUGUGGCAUGACUGCGGGGGCCCCUCCCCCAGUUGGUACGUCAGCCAUGUGAUCGUGAGGAACCUGCUGGGGGGCGACAGCUGGUUCUUUCCUGGAGAGUGCUGGUUGGCCGUGGAUGAGGGCGAUGGGCGGGUGGAGAGAGAGCUGAGAGCCCUGAUUGGAGGACUGGGAUUCAGAAAGCUCCUGUACUGCAAGCUGACAGAGUAUCUGGAGGACUUCCACUGCUGGACGUCGGUGUGCAGCCGCCCUCCGCACAGCCUCUUCACCCGCACACAGCGCCUUGCCGUUUGCCUGCUGCUGGCGCUGGGCUACGCCUGCGCCAACGCCGUCCUCGUGUCCCUGCAGAGCGGCCAGCACAGAGCUGAACUGGGACUCCUCCAUACAUUUGCUGCAUCCCUAACAAUGGGAGUGUUCAGUACGCUGAUGGUGCUGCCUGUGGGGUUGCUGCUGUCCCUGUUAUUCCGUCUCAGUAAGGAAACAAGCCGCAAGGAGACUUCCGUGGUGAAGCACAAAUGUAGACCACUCAGUGUUUACUCGGUGGAAGCGCAUAGUGAUGACCUCCUAGAAGAUGCCGGAACUGAUGACUCAUGUCUGUCCUUGCACCACCAUCAGCAGUGUGCACGAGUCAUGCAAAGAAAUAAAUAUGCACAUGGAGUACAGGAUUUCCAGUUGCCUGGCCUGAUGCCACUUCCUUGUGGUAAAAAGAGGUCUGAGUUUAGAUUUGAUCAGAGGAGCCAAAGUGAUCACAUCAGAAUGCUGAAAGAUGAUGUCAAAUGGAGAAGAUGUGAAGACCGACCUAAGAGUUCUACAGCUUAUGUUCUCGGAGAACCAGACUCUGGGGGCAGCAGCAUCUCAGUGGCGCCCCCUUGCUGUUACUACCUCGCCUGGGCCUUGUGCUUGUCUCUGUGUUUAGUCUGCAUGAUUACCACUCUAGCCCUGGGAAUAAAGUUCAGCCCGGAGAACAGCUUCCUGUGGGCCCACGCGCUCUGCUCCUCCGUUCUCGUCUGUGCCUGUGUUCUCCAGCCACUCCUGAUACUCAUCAGUGCCGCAGUGGUGGCCUUAAGGUAUAGGGGGCGCUGCUUCCCCCACAGCUGCCCUCAAGAGGCCAAGGCAGUGGCAGGGAUGCUCCAUGGCUGGCACCAGAAUGGAGGCAUCCCCUCAGAUAGCUGCCUGUUUGGCCUCUGUUGUCACCAUCAGGAUGGAGCUACUCACUUUGACAGGGUGCUGACAGCCCGUCGCAGAGUCCGGCAUCUGCGCCUGGCACGGCCACCCACUCCAGCAGAGCUGAGACGCGCGCGGAAUCGGAUCCGCAAGCAGACGCUCCUCCACAAGGCCUUCAGGGAGGUUGUGUUGUACGUGGUCACCUUUUCCCUAGCCUUGUUCAUGACUUAUGGGAAACCUUGUAGCCACCAUUACCAGCUAAACCAAGCCGUCAGAACUGCAUUCACGAAAAGUGCACGAAACCCCUUUCAAGAAAUACGGACACAUGAAGACUGGUGGAAUUGGAGUAUGACAGCCUUAUUGGAUGGGCUGUACUGGGACACAUGGCAUAAUAACAUCUCAACAAAAAUACAGGCCGGUGCAGUCUACGGGACGUGCAUUCUCAUUGGACAGCCGGUCCUUGAAAAAAAGGAGGUCGCAGACCAGUCAGCGUGCAGGGGCCUGGUUCCUGAGGUCCAGGGCCGGUCAGAGUCUUUCUCCCAGCCUCUCCUCACUCGGAGUGACCAACGAUGUGGGAGCAGUAGCAAGGAAGGAGGAAGCCAAGUCACCCUGGGUCGUACGAGGUCUGCAGUGUCAGGCAGUCUGCAGUCGCUGCGGCCCAGGGACUGGCUGAACCAACGAACGCGAGAGGUGACCAUCCGCUUCGCCCUCUUCAGCCCCCCCACUGGACUGUUCACUGGCGUGUCCCUGCGGGCCGAGCAGCCCGUCCCGGGGGUCCUGUUGCCGUCCAUGUCUGUUUACUCUGCGCAGGUGCAUCGGACCGCUGGUGCCGUUGACUACGCUGUCAUGGCGUGUGAGUUCUUCUUCCUGCUUCUCACGUCCCUUCAGCUGUGCGUCCAAGCAUGGGCCAAGAUUCAGACAGGGCUUGCGUCGUACUGGAAGGAGGCCUGGAAUUGGCUGGAGGUCACCAUCAUCAUCGCCAGUGUUGUUUACUAUGCAAACCUCAUGUACGGCAGCCUUCUGGCUGCAGAGACUGCAGACCUCCUACAGAGAGAGAACUGCAAGGCUUUUGUGGAUCUUACUCUUCUCUCCUCCUGUGAACAGCUGACCAGAAGCCUCCAGGCCGUGAUCGUCUUCCUGCUCCUGGUGAAGAGCGUCUCCAUGCUGCCUGCCAGCAGAGCGGUGGCCCUGUUCGUGACGACUCUCCGGCUGUCAGCUGGCACCCUCUUCUCCCCUCUGCUGGCCGGAGCCAUCCUCAUCGCGGCCUUCGGCUGCCUGGGUAACCUGCUCUUGGUUUCCACUUGGGGGUCCUUCACUGCUGUGACUGGCUUCUUUAACACCCCCCUCGGUCACCGCAUGGGCAUCAGUCUGCCAGAUGAGCUGCCCACGUUGGACCCCCCCCAUGCUGCUUCCCUCCUGUUCUACCGCAGUACUUUCUUCUGUGUCAUGUUCAUCGUCUGGAUAACGCUGAUAAUUGGAGUUCUCAGAUCCUUUGAAAAGGCUGCAAAGAAGUUCUCCUCAAGAGCAAAAGAUGCAAUACCCUUUCCUGAGAUGGCAGCCUAUAUUUGGGACAGAGUUCUCAUGUUCGCUGGUAGACACAAGCAAAGGAGUAGAGAUAACAGCGCCCAGCAGAGGAAUUUUCACCUGGAGGAGUUUGAAGACCUGCUGGAGGAGCUGCUACUUCGACUGGAUGCCUUCACAUGUGACCUGCCACAGGUACAACCCAACAACGAAUGGACGUUGGGGGAAAAUGAGAGACUUCCCACACCACAGGCUUACUACCCCCACCACCUGGAAAGUGAGCAUGGACUUUCCAGUAAAGCCUGUCUUUGGGAGAUUCCAUCCAGAUCAUCUGUUAGCAUAGACAACUGGCUGCUGUCAUCCAAAAACGUGCCUGAUCCGUACAACCACAGAUCAAAGCUCACUUGCGAGACAUUGCAGCCAAGCCAGAAGAUGAUCCUGACAGGAGACUUUGUUUCUGCUAAUGGAGACCCUGCCUGUCCCCAGAAUACCUCCCAUGUUCUUGGGGACAAGUUGUUCCCAGAGCCAAGUUGCUCCUUCCAGCCACAUAAGACAAUCCCACCGUUCAUCUGGGAAUCGGAAACUGUGUGUCACUCAGAUGCCUACAAGGAAUAUCAGUGCAGCUCCUGAUGAGAAACCAGACAGGGACCAGGCCGGGAGGAGGGAUCCUGGUCCACAGCAGGAAGACUGGCUGUCCUGUAUGAAUCUCCCUCCCGUGAGCCCGGCAAUCAGCACUGGGGGUACAGUACAAACGUGGGGAGGAAGAAAAAACUAAAAUCUGGGUCAUUUUAUUGACCUACAGAACAGUCUUGGCUUAUCAGAAGCAUUAAGACAGUGCUGGAGAACUUAAUUUGAUAACUGGUAGUCUGCUCUUCCUAGGGAUUGUUACAGUUUACUCCUAUUUGUAAAAGCAUUCAUUGCUAUAGUGAGCACAUCAAAUACAUGCAAAGUCAAUAAAAGCAGGAAAAUUUCCAUAUUAAUUAAAUAUUUCAAACAAUUAUUUGACCUUGACAAAAAUCUAUCACUACGAGCUCUUAAAGUGAGGCUUAUUUUAUGUUAUAAUAAAGCCAUUAUAGACAAAAUCUACACAAUUUCUAAUGGAAUCCACAAAUUCCAGUGUAAAUGAAAGACGGUGGUUCGAGUCUCCGCCUGGGCCACAUGUGUGUGGAGUUUGCAUGUUCUCCCCAUGUCGUCGUGGGGUUUCCUCCGGGUACUCCGGUUUCCCCCCACAGUCCAAAAACAUGCUGAGUCUAAUUGGAGUUGCUAAAUUGCCCGUUGGUGUGCAUGUGUGAGUGAAUGGUGUGUGAGUGUGCCCUGCGAUGGGCUGGCCCCCCAUCCUGGGUUGUUUCCUGCCUCGUGCCCAUAGCUUCCGGAAUAGGCUCCGGACCCCCCAUGACCCAGUAGGAUAAGUGGUUUGGAAAAUGGAUGGAUGUUUCCAUUAAUGGUCUGUGCAGAAAUUUGAGGUCGUUGAGGAUGCUGUUAAAUGUAUUAUAUUUUUAUAUAAUUGACAUGCAGGCCAAAUGACCAGCACAGCAACCUUGAAGAGUUUUACAGUGCCAAGUACCCAAAAUAUGCAGUCUGCUUGGACUGAGAUGAAGUCAGAUAUCAAGGUAAAAUAAUUCAAUACCACCAAAGAAAUUCAAAAACUAAAAGGGAUUUGCUUUAGAUCAGUGACCAUGAAUGGGGAAGAAAUUCCUGAAAACAAAGAUGGUUAGAUGGAUAGAUCUAAAGGCUGAUUUAUACUGCUGAUUUAACAAAGAAUUUACGCCGAGCCUCCCAAGGAAUAUAACUGGAAGCGUCAGGCCACCGCUUCUAUGCACAUGUGAAUCAGUCUUCGUUUUGUGGGUCAUAUUAAAUUAACAUGGAUGGGCUACAUUUGCAGUUUCUUCCGGGUUCGCUGGUUUCCCUCCUCAGUCAAAAAACACACUGAGGUUAACUGGAGUUACCAAAAUGGCCAUAGAUGUGCCUGUGUGAGUGAUUGGUGUGUGUGUGUGUGUGACCUGUGAGGGGUUGUUCACUGCCUUGCGCCCGUAGCCUCCGGGAUAGGCUUCACCCGUAAUCCCCGCCCCCCCCAACGACCCCGAA